AGCCGAGCAAAAGAUGUAACAAUGCCAGCGAAGCUUCCAGUGAAUUUUUUCUCCACGAGGUCUCCAGUCAUUGAUCUUUUUCGGGGACAAUUAGACUAUGCAGAUCACCUCCGUCAGGAUUCAGAAAUUGUGCUGUAUUUCUUCUACGCGCCUUGGUGUGGCCAGUCCAUUGCAGCAAGAGAAGAAAUAGAACAUGUGGCCAGCAGAUUGUCAGACCAGGUGCUGUUUGUGGCUGUAAAUUGCUGGUGGAACCAGGGGAAAUGCAGGAAGCAGAAGCAUUUCUUUUAUUUUCCUGUGAUACACUUAUACCAUCGGAGUUUUGGACCAAUUGAAUACAAAGGCCCUAUGAGUGCUGUUUAUAUUGAAAAGUUUGUUCGCCGGGUGAUGACACCACUACUCUACAUCUCGUCUCGAUCAAAAUUACUAGAUUUCCUCUCAAAUUAUGAGCCUGGAGUUCUAGGAUAUUUUGAGUUCAAUGCGUCACCUCAACCACCGGGUUACUUAACGUUCUUCACGUCAGCAUUACAUUCAUUAAAGAAAGAUUACCUUGGAACAAUACGCUUUGGCGUGAUCACGGAUAAACGUGUUGCAGAGGAGAUCUCGUUGGUGCAUUCAGGCAGCGUGUAUUUGCACAGACACGUCAAUACAUCUCUUAUUUAUCCAGAUGACAUCAUGAACUAUACUGCUGAGAACAUCUGCAAGUGGGCUCUGGAAAAUCGAGAGAUGCUCAUACGCUGGCUGAGACCGCAUGGUGGAAAAAGCCUCCUUCUGAACAAUGAGCUGAAGAAAGGUCCAGCACUUCUCAUAUUUAUACCUUACAAUCCCUUAGCAGAAAUUCAUCCUCUUUUAGAUGAAAUUACCAAAGUGGCCUUGGAAUACCACAACUGUAAUAAAAGCCCAGCAGCUGAGCCAGAUCCUCAAGACUUGGGAGACACUGAUUCACCAGCUUCUGAUUCCUCUGUACUAGAUGCACAUGGGAAACUCUCAGAAACGUUUUCGAUAACCAAGUACCCAUGCUGUAACACAGUGGUGCUUCCACAGUGGCAUUCAAUAUCUAGAACUCACAAUGUCUGUGAGCUUUGCAUUAACCAGACGCUUGGUGUCAAACCAAAUAAAGUCCAUGUGCCACACUGUAACUUUUUAGAGAUAGAAGCAGCUUUGGACUCUUUCUACCUCCAGGAACAUACCUUUUUUCAAGUUUUAUCAAAUACCAUAGAAUGCAGCAAUUUCUUAAGUUUCUAUAGUCCCUUUAGCUAUUACACUGCAUGUUGCAGGACGGUAAACAGGCAUUUUUUAAGUUUAAUUAGUUCUGAGAAGACCAUCUUUCAGACCCCCAAAGUAGCAUUUUCUUCCCAUGGGAAGAAAGAUAACACCCAGCAUUCUAUUCCUCAUAUUGAGGAUAGGAAUUGUUUUAUUCCUGACCUUCAGAUUAGUGGCACUAAUAUUACUGGUCUGAGCUGCAGGACCAACAAAACCUUGAAUCUCUAUCUGCUGGAUUCAAAUCUUUUUUGGAUAUACGCAGAGAGACUAGGAGCAUCACGGUCUACUCAUCUUAAGGAAUUUGCUGCCAUUGUUGACCUGAAAGAAGAAGUGCACUACAUCCUGGAUCAAAAUCAGUCACUUGUUGGAUCUACCCUGGAGAACUUCAUAAAAAAUUUCAGCGUUCUCUACAGUCCCUUGAAAAGGCACCUUGUUGAUGACUCCUCAGUCCAUGUUGGUGAGCAGCGUGUAAUCACUGAAGUGACCACGACUACCUUUCACGACACUGUGUUUUUGAGUGAAAAGAAUGUCUUGCUGCUCUAUUACGCACAGUGGUGCGGGUUCUGCGCUUCUCUCAAUCACAUCUUCAUUCAACUUGCUCGGCUUUUGCCUCCAGAUAAUUUCACUGUGGCAAGGUAAAAAAAACUGAUUUAAUCUCUUUAGAAUAAUGAAAGUUCAGUGAGGUCAUAAGCCU